AUGGAGUAUAGUGGGUGCCUGGUUCUUCCUUGCUGCUGGUCUGUUCACCUCCAACAGGUAAAAAAAGCUGCCAUGGCCUCUGCUGUGCCCGACAAGGAGGAGGUGGCCCAGAGCUCCCCAGAGGAGGAGGAGGAGCAGGAGGCUGUGGUGAAGGAGGUGGCCAAUCUGAGCCUGGUGGGCUCUGCCUGUGAUGUGGUUUCUGCAGCUUAUGCCUCCAGCAAGGAGAGCCACCCCUAUGUGAGGUCUAUGUGCGAUGCUGCAGAGAAGGGAGUGCAGAGCGUGAGCGAGGCCACGGCCAGCUGCGUGCAGCCAGUGCUGGCCACCCUGGAGCCCCACGUUGCUGCAGUGAGCGAGUAUGCUUCCAAGGGUUUGGAUAAGCUGGGGGAGAAGCUGCCACUCCUUCAAAAGCCGGUGGAGCAGAUCCUCUCUGGCACAAAGGAGCUGGUGUCAUCCAGAGUGGCUGAGGUGAAGGAGGCUGUGAGCAGCAAAGUGCUGCAGGCCCUGGAUGUCAGCAGGGAGGCUGUGCAGAGCAGUGAGGGGGCUGCAGGACCUGCUGUGACCGGGCUGGUUCUGGAGCCUGGAGCGGGUGUGUGUGGAGCAGAGGCUGUGCUGGGCAGAGACAAAGGUGACUCCCUCCCUAUUGGAAAUGAGGAGCUAGCCCAGCUGGCAGUGUGUGAGGAGGGCACAGAGGCGCUGCCCCUGGAGCAGCAGCGGGAGCAGAGGAGGUAUUUUGUGCGCCUGGGCUCUCUCUCGGAGGAACUUCGCCUCUUUGCCCACCUGCACGCCACAGCCAGGAUCCAGCAGGUCUGGCAGGGCAUGCAGGGGGCCCUGGCACAGCUCCGCUGCAUCCUCGAGCUGAUUGAGGCAUUUAAGCAAGGAUUUAAUCAAAAGCUUCAGGAGGGACAGGAGAAACUACACCAGAUGUGGCUGGACUGGAGUAGGAAGUAUCUCAAAGAGAGUGGAGAUGAAAGCUCUGUGGAGCCAGAGGAGCUGGAGAGUCUGACCCUGCUGAUGGCACGCAGGGUCACGCAGCAGCUGCACCUCACCUGCUGUGGGGUGGUGGCAGCAGUGCAGGGCCUUCCCUGCAGCCUGCAGGACAAGCUGAAACGGGCUCCUGGUGCCACCAAGGAGCUGCAUGCUGCCUUCUCACUGGCAAACUCCUUCCAGGAUUUGUCCAGUGGUGUCUUGAGCCAGAGCCAGAGGGAGCUGGCUGUGAUCCAGGAGUACAUGGAGGAGCUGCUGCAUUACCUGAAGAACAACACUCCUCUGUCCUGGCUGGUGGGACCCUUCUCCCCCAGAGGGGAGGAGGAGGAUCAGUCCUCCCAGGAGGAAGAGGCAGCAGGAGCUGGGCAUCUGGAAACCUCCAGCACCCCCAUGUGA